CUUGCCGACAGCCACCCGACCAGGGCACGCGGCUGUGCAAGGCCUCCUCCACCCUCACGGCUGCGCUUUGCAUCGUUUUCCUUCCUCCAGCGGCGGUCAACCAUUGUCACUCUUCCCCGGCGCUCGGCGAGUGGCCUCAUCGAGAGCCACGGCACGGCCUCAGAGAUCAUGGAGUCGACAACAAACGACAGUCAUUCGAAGUCGAGCCGAACCGGCCUGCCCCUCCUCCUCAGUCUAACUUGCCGCCUUUGUCUCCUGGUGGCCCGCCUCUGCCUCCCCAAGCCGCAUAUGGGCCUCCUUCCCCCAAUCUGCCUCCACAGGCUUACUCGAGGCCUCAGGCCGGCCCGCCCCCUCAGCCCGCAGUGUAUCCCCGACCGCCACCUGCAGGCCAGCCGCCACCGAGGCCACAGCCUCCCCCGCCUGUCCCACCGAUGGCGCCCCCGCCCCUGCCGGCAGGGCCUCCCCCUAUGACGCAGCCGCCCGCCCAUGCUCCACGGCCCAUGGGUCAGCCGAACCUGCCGCCGCUUCCACAGAUGGGACCGGCUCAGCCGCCGAUGGCGAUGGGGCCUGGGAUACAGGCGCCCCCAGGCGUGCCACCGAGUGGCAUGCCGCCACAGCAGCCACAACAGCCACAACAGCCACAACAGCCGCAGGCGCAACAGCAGCAGCAGGCCGGAGGGGGCACUGCGAGCGUCACUGAUCAGGUUGGUGUCCAAGUCAAGUCCUAUCUGUCUGCAUAUGUCGAUUCCUCUGCUUGGUGCCUGGUUGCACGGGUAUACUAUAGGCGGUGUGUGGCGAGUGGGAGAUGGCGUGUCAGCAGGAAGGAGAGAGGGAGAACCCGCUCUUUCGGAACUCUCAAGUCAUGUAUCUCCUGGCAAGUGCGGGUGGGGGCCAGCGCGUCUGUUAUGUCGAUAAUUCGUUCGAGAAAAGCGAAACAUGCGAAGAGUCAAAACAGAUAUCUGGCAAGUAACAGAACAGCAGCGUACCGGCCGGCAUGCAUGGCAUGCACGUGCAUCUUUCAUCGUCUGUGUCCCUCCAGAGUUCGCUGCCGAAGGUCAAUGGCUGAUCAAGGAGCAGAAGCCGCAGCAAGAUGGGAGCGUCGACGUCACUGUCUCGACCUUCUGGGACCAGAUCGUGGUGACUCCCCUGACCGACAAGCAGGCACACCAUCUCAAAGACGACUGCAAGUGCCACGCAAAGGACCACAAGCAUUGGUCCAAAGGCAAGCGGCAAGAGGUCAUCGACUGCGAGACGGACCAGUGCGGCUUCACAUACGCCCUCUGCCACAACCGCGUGUCGGGCCAGGCCGUCGCCGAGAAGCCCAAGAAUCCUCCGGACCAUGUCUCAGACAAGGGCGACUGUGUGAGUGAGGAAGUCUAUCGGGUCAUGCCGGGGGGAAAAGAGAUGAUGCUCAUCGACAAGGGGGUGCCCAAAAGCAAACUGGUCAAGAAGGUAGAGUGCGACAAGGCUAAAUACGGGAAGAGCUGUUUGCCGGGUGCAGCCAGGACGACACACAAUGGUGGGUGGGGAAGCUUCGGCUGUGUGUUGGUCGUCAUGGGGGUGCAUCUGCUGAUGUAUGUGGGUGGGCUCAUCAUAUGAAUGAGCGACAUGGAUUCUUACUUACGACAGAUGGACAAGAGACAUAGACUGUGUGCCGCUUAGAUAGACUCUGUGACCAUCCCUUAUCCGCUCAAUCUCAAGAGACGCAAUCAAUGUCGG